UAUACCACUAGUUAAAGAUAAAUCUCGAGAGUUGGUGACGGCCAGUAUCAUCAAAGCCGCCACCAGCUUCUCUCCCUCGCUGCCCGCCAGAGCAGUAUGGCCGCCGCCAUGACCGGUCUCCACUCCUCGAUCUCUAAGUGCAGUAGUUACUCCCUAAAUCGCCAAUCCUUUAUCCAAACUACUCCAAAUCUCGAGAUUUCUCCUAACAAUCUCCGUCUACCUACUCUAGCCAACAAGACCCGCCGCCGCGAUCGCACUUCCAGUUUGAAACUUCUUAUCUCAUCCGGUGAUGGAGAUAUCGGGAUCGGACCCAGCGGCGGCAGUGGGGGUUCCGGCGGCUGUAAUCGGUGGUGGAGCUCUGGAAGCGGAGACGACGAAAGUUCGGACGAUAAGAAAGACAGUUUUGGACCAAUGGGGCUGUUUUUGAAUGGACGGAGAUCUGGCCCGAACUUCGACCUUAACGGGUUCCUAUCGGGAGCAUUCUCUCUGUUUGAACGCUUGGGUACUUCUGUAUACAAGGGUGUAAUGUUCGCCGCCGUUGGCUUCGCAGCUGAGCUGGUGGGUACUGCCUUAUCGAAGGGAUUGAUCGCGAUGAGGAAGAAGAUGGAUCCGGAAUUUGAGACCCCAAACAAGCCAACUCCGACGCUACUGAAUGCAGACACUUGGGCACUUCACAUGAGUUUGCACUGCAAUUUGAGGUACCAAACAUUGAAGGCGAUUGAAUUCGCGACAAGCCAAGAGUUUCUGCUUCAUUUGGAGGUUCGGCUUAUGCAGUCUCUUCCGCUAGCUUUGCUUGGGCUUGGGCUUUCUGGUGAAUGGAUGGACCAGUUCAUUAGUUGGGCUUCUCAUCUUAUAUUCAAGCUGGGCUGGUACAUUUUUAACAUGGGCUCUGCUGGACAUUAAGUCCACUUUGUAUGUUGUCUAAACUAAGGAUGCCAAAGGGUCGGGUAUCCAUCUAUUUAGGGCAUACC